CACUCGUUAGUCGGUUGUCAUUUCGUUGACAGGUGAACAUUGUCGCCUUAUAUAAUAUUGCAUUCAGGCAGAAAUUCACUUUUCGGGCCCGGCGUCAGAACCAACAUAAAGCUAUCUACGUAGUUCGCUCGGACACUAAUUGUUACGUUACUCACUAAUUAGCGACUGCAGAGUUAUAUUUACGUUACUGUUAGGGACACUGGACACAACAACUUAUCCCAGUGUUAGUAUAGAUUUAAAAACGAAAACUGCAAAGAAAAACGGGGGAAACAUUUGAUAAAAAAUAUUAAUGAUAAAGCUGUAAACAUAAACUACAAUAUUAAAACUAACAUCUUCGAAGGAAUUUAUUUUCGUGUACCAAAUUAUCUGUGAACAAGAUUACACGUGUUUUGCGCCCACUACUGACCCCACGUAACUAAUGGACUGACAACAAUAACAGUGCCGGAAUUACGUGUAAGGGAAACCAUAUUCAAUUAUAAGUGAUCGGACCUGAUACCCUGCCACUGUUUGGAAUGUUCGGUAGAGAGGAGACCACGGCGUUCAGCAACAUGACGUACGAGAAAGGAGCCCUACCUCGUCACGUGGACACCGAGAAGGGAUUCAACCUACAUGACGCCAUCUUGAAGGCGAACGCGCGGACAAAACAAUGGAUCGCGUACUCGGUAGUGGCCGGAAGUGUGAUCGUGCUCGCCGUUUCCGGUCUCCUCGUUGGUCUUUAUCUCAACGGCAACCUCAACAGGCAGCAGCAGACACUCCUGGAGGCCGGAGAGGCUGGAGCUUCUUUAGGCGGACGGGACGCCUUGACCGGUGGAGCCAUGGGAGGGAAUGGCGGCAAGAAAAGUCUGGACGGCAGUCUCGGAAUAUUGGGCGUGCUGGCACCGACAAAAGCGCCACCGAUAGACCCAGGCCUUUUGAUGUUGGCAUCCGACACAGAUCUUGUGGAUAACGUGCAAGAUACAAUAAGUGACAUUGUGGAGGCGCCGGCAGAAGCAAUCUCGGAUAUGGCAGAAAAUAUACAAGACGCGAUGGAGAACGUACAUGAUAGAAGAAAUGACAUUGCAGAGGAUGCGUCUGAUAAUAUGCAAGAUAUGAUAAGUGACCUUACAGAAACACUGGGGGAAGGUCCAUCAGAUUUCCUUGAUGAUCUGAGUGACGGGCUCUCUGACGCUGUCGAAGAUGCGUCGGAGGCGUUUUUUGAAAAUCCUUUAGAAAAUGUACAGGAAACUAUGGAAGACGCCCUGGAAACUGCGAACGACAGAAUUGAAGAUAUGUCAGAGGGAAUGGAAGAAUCUGUUGAAAAUCUUCAGGAAACAUUGAGUGAAUUAACUAAUACUGAUAUGUCAGAUGAAGUUGAGGAUGUCAUAGAAGAUGUACUUGAUCAAGACACUGAACAGGAUGAUGAUAACGAUAGCUUGGAGGACUUUAUUGAUGUCGAUGACAAUAAUGAUGCUCUCGACGAUACAGACGUUCCCGAUUUUAUAGAAAACAUGCAAGAAAGACUUGAAGAUAUGGUUGAUAAUGAUAAUAACGACGGCGAAUCACAUGAUGGCGUAGACGACGGAAAUAACGACGAUGCCGAUGAUACAUUCUCUGACAUCCUUGAUGACUUCGGGAGUAAAGGUGCCGACAUUGUAAAUGAUGAUCGUGAUUCAACUUUCGAAAACUUUUUUGGCGAUUUAGAUAGCGAUACAGAUGGUAACAAUUUGUUAAAUUUCGGUAAAUUUUUUGACAACGCACAAGACAAAGUCAGUAACAGUGUUCAGGCAAUAAGCGAUGGCGUUGGCGAUGCAAUAGAUAAUAUAGAUGAUACAGUAGAGAAAUUAACGGAUAUGCGCGCUGACACUGUAGGUGAAAUAAUGUCAGAUCAUGCAGAUGCGGCAGAAGACAUGGUUGAUUCAUUUACCAACCCAGCAGAAAUACUUGGUUCUAUAGUUGAUUCCGCCUCUAGCUCAUUGGAAAACAUUGCAGAACACGUGGUAAGCCCCUUAAGUGAUCGGGAUGAUGACAUAUCGGACAGCAUGAUUGGAAUGAGUUUUAACACCAAUUUCAAUGUACCAAACAGCAUGUCAAAUUUUGCAGACGCCGCUCGUGAUAUACAUAAUCCUGUUAGCAAUAUAUUUGGUAUCAUGGCAAACAGCAUGGGUGAUAUUGAUACGUCUGAUUUCAAUGUACACGAUAGCAUAUCAAAUUUUGCAGACACUGCUAGAGAUUUGUUUAAUCCAUUUCAAGAUACAAUUGGAAAUGUUGCUGACAGCAUGGGUGACAUUGGUAAUAUGGCAAUCGAGGGGGUUUCUUCGUUUACAGACCAUUUAGGUUCGUUCGGGGAAUCUUUGUUAGGGGACGACGAUGGUGAAGCAGAUUGAUUUCCGGACUCGUCAGAAGAAUUUGAGGAUAUGGUGUCACACAUGGGCUGUCAUUCGAGCGAAUUUAUGAACUCGGAUAACGGAAUGAUUGAUGACUUCUAAUAUAUAUUUUUUUGUUUUUAAACAAUCUGUGAUUAUAUACACGAUAUACUAAAUACAAACCUGCAUGAAAACAUAGGGGCACGCUGAUAUACCAUUUCUUAUGCAUAGACGCUAGCAACACGAACUAGCAUUGGUAUGCACGCCACGCCAAUAAUUAUAGCCCUAGCACUGGCACUGGCCGCUUAAGCAUACUGCAGAAUUUAUGCAUUAAUUUUAUCUUCGCAAUUGAGCGAUCAUCUAUUUUCGUUUCUUUUAUUUCAGUAUAAUUCUUUGCAUAAUAGCUUGCUUUCGACGUACUGUUCUACACUGCAUGUCUGCAUAUUUUCCUGUUUCUUAUCAUAAAUGAUUUGGUAAGGCUUCUACUGUAUAAUGGUUUUUUUUGUAGAUACCGUAGGAAAGGAUAAGAGCGAGGGAAAAAGUGAAAUCGAUGAAGAUGAUGAAUUAAUAACUGAAGCGAUGCAGAAACUAAAAGAUUUGACUAUAGAUUUUGAAAAUAUUUCCUUUAGUAAUGACACAAAGCGUAAUGGCGGUCAAGAGAGCAAACAUAAACAGUUACCCGACAUAAGUAAAAAGGAUAGCUAUUUUAGUAACAAUAAUAAUAAAUCAGGUUUAAGAAAUUUGUUCAAAAAAACAAAUACAAACGCAUUUUCACAUAGACUGAGUCGCAUGGGUGAACUACAAGAAAAAAGUCAAGCUGCCGAUAGGCCGCUGUCACUUAACUCACGACGGACUGAUGAUUUACACACAGUUGACCUUCCUCUUCCGGAUAUUUCUUCUACACUACUCUCUGCUGUUGAACGGUUAAGCGCUCAAAGUAUCUCAAAAGGCACUUUUAGAAAUCUGGACCUAAACAUAGACUUAGGCGGCUGGUCUUCGUUAUUAGGUAAUAUACUGGCGCCGGCCGGCAACACCGUUGAUCCGUUGACAGGGCUGGUUCAGGACAUUGCACCGCUGUUCCACACCCGUCCCCCUCCUGACCUUUCACAGCAGAACUACAACCUUGGACAGCUCUGGUAACACUGCCAUGUUUAGUGUUGUACAUCAAAGGCGACCAUUUUGUUUCAUUAUUUUAUAUUUAAAUGUAAAAUGAUAUUUUUGAAGGUUCUGAUAAUAAUAUUUCACGACCUUUUACGUUGUCCAACAAAAAUAUAUAUUAUCUUUCAUCAUGUUUGACAAGCUUUGUGUAUCAUACACUCAUUGUAACUAAUGCUUCACUGUAUACGCUGGUUGUAUUGGCAGAGUUGAGAUUCUUUAGAACAAGUGCUUUUCGAACAACAUAAACAACGCUGAAUUUUAAUGCCCGCGUGCAGAUUUACUUGCGAGGGGAUUUCUUUUGCUUUACCCAAAUAUAUCUAAGUGCUAAGUUUUUAUGAAGCAAAAUGUGAUAUCUGUUUGUCCAUUUAUUUCACAUGGAACACCUAAAUAACGAAACCUAUAUUUUAUGUAAUUCAUCACAGUAGGAGCAUCAUUACGUGUGACAUCACGUAGAGAAACCAGUCAGGAAUUGCGUUUGAGUUUGAUUUUAAUGUCAACCAAGAUUCUAUAUAAAUUAAUGAAUUGUUAUCUCUUCACGUUUUAUUUGAGAUAUUUGUAUGUAUUUUUACUGUAAACGAUUUUGAAAAUAAAGUGUGCUGGUCA